UCCAACGUUUUAGACAAUACUUAUUUGUUGAUGCAAACAGUUUAAGAAUGGCAGUAUUACGUUUGUUAACAUGGUCGUUCUUGUUGGUUCUUGUUGAGCAUAGUUCUGUUUGUGGACACAGUGUUAUCAGCUGGCAGAACAAGAUCCCAAUUCUUAGAGGCCUACCGUCACUGGAUACAGGCACUGGUACCGUUGAUAGGAACACAAAAGAAAAGGUAGAUGAAUUGGAAAAGAAGUUCUAUGAAACAGGCGAGGAAAUGCAGAACACGAUGGCGAAAACGCUGCUACAAGAAAAGUCAAUGGAAUCCGCUCUCGCUGACACACUGGGAAUCGCCUCGGUAAAAAUCAAGAGAAUGAAUGCACCGAAAGUUUGCAAGGCCCAGGCAGACAUAAUAUUUAUCUUGGACGGAUCUGGUAGUGUCAGCACACCCGACUUUGACAAACAACUACAAUUCAUCAAGUCUUUGGUGAGGAAAUUCGACGUUGGACCAAACGCGGUAAAGGUCGGCGUUCUGCAGUACUCUACCUACGCAGUGCAGGAGUUCAACCUUAACACUCACAACACCGAGGCCGCCAUCCUAGCCGCCGUCGACAGGAUCAAGCAGAAGAGAGGUGGUACUAACACAGCUUUCGCCCUCUCCACCGCCCGCAAGAGUAGUUUCACAGCUGCCAAAGGCGAUCGACCGAACGUCCCGAACAUCGCCAUCGUCAUGACCGACGGCCAGUCUAUUAACAUGGCGGCGACCGCCAGAGAAGCAAACAUGCUGCGUAAUAUUGCGUCUGUGUUCGCAAUUGGAGUUGGGAGUAAUGUCAGAACUGCCGAGCUGAAGGCCAUGGCUAACGACCCGGCUAGCAAAUAUGUGUUUACUGUGGCAGACUUCAGUGCCCUGUCAAAUGUAGAGACAAAGUUAGCCACGGAUGCUUGUGCACAGGCUACUGCUGCACCGCCAGUUUGCAAGGCCCAGGCAGACAUAAUAUUUAUCUUGGACGGAUCUGGUAGCGUCAGCACACCCGACUUUGCCAAACAACUACAAUUCAUCAAGUCUUUGGUGAGGAAAUUUGACGUUGGACCAAACGCGGUAAAGGUCGGCGUUCUGCAGUACUCAACCAACACAGUGCAGGAGUUCAACCUUAACACUCACAACACCGAGGCCGCCAUCCUAGCCGCCGUCGACAGGAUCAAGCAGAAGAGAGGUAUUACUAACACAGCUUUCGCCCUCUCCACCGCCCACAAGAGUAGUUUCACAGCCGCCAAAGGCGAUCGGCCGAACGUCCCGAACAUCGCCAUCGUCAUGACUGACGGCCAGUCUAAUAACAUGGCGGCGACCGCCAGAGAAGCAAACAUGCUGCGUAAUAUUGCGUCUGUGUUCGCAAUUGGAGUUGGAAGUAAUGUCAGAACUGCCGAGCUGAAGGCCAUGGCUAACGACCCGGCUAGCAAAUAUGUGUUUACUGUGACAGACUUCAGUGCCCUGUCAAAUAUAGAGACAAAGUUAGCCACGGAUGCUUGUGCACAGGCUACUGCUGCACUGCCAGAGGGUACUGCUGCAACGCCAGAGGCUACUGCUGCACCGCCAGUUUGCAAGGCCCAGGCAGACAUAAUAUUCAUCUUGGACGGAUCUUUUAGCGUCAGCACACCCGACUUUGCCAAACAACUACAAUUCAUCAAGUCUUUGGUGAGGAAAUUUGAAGUUGGACCAAACGCGGUAAAGGUCGGCGUUCUGCAGUACUCAACCAACACAGUGCAGGAGUUCAACCUUAACACUCACAACACCGAGGCCGCCAUCUCAGCCGCCGUCGACAGGAUCAAGCAGAAGAGAGGUGGUACUAAAACAGCUGUUGCCCUCUCCACCGCCCGCACCAGCAGUUUCACGGCAGCCAAAGGCGAUCGUUCGAAUGUCCCGAACAUCGUUAUCGUCAUGACUGACGGCAAAUCUAAUAACAUGGCGGCAACCGCCAGAGAAGCAAACAUGCUGCGUAAUAUUGCGUCUGUGUUCGCAAUAGGAGUUGGGAGAAAUGUCAGAACUGCCGAGUUGAAGGCUAUGGCUAACGACCCGGAUAGUAAAUAUGUGUUUACUGUGACAGACUUCAGUGCCCUGUCAAAUAUAGAGACAAAGUUAGCCACGGAUGCUUGUGCACAGGCUACUGCUGCACCGCCAGUUUGCAAGGCCAAGGCAGACAUAAUAUUUAUUUUGGACGGAUCUGGUAGCGUCAGCGCACCCGACUUUGCCAAACAACUACAAUUCAUCAAGUCUUUGGUGAGAAAAUUCGACGUUGGACCAAACGCGGUAAAGGUCGGCGUUCUGCAGUACUCAACCAACACAGUGCAGGAGUUCAACCUUAACACUCACAACACCGAGGCCGCCAUCCUAGCCGCCGUGGACAGGAUCAAGCAGAAGAGAGGUGGUACUAACACAGCUUUCGCCCUCUCCACCGCCCGCAAGAGUAGUUUCACGGCUGCCAAAGGCGAUCGGCCGAACGUCCCGAACAUCGCUAUAGUCAUGACUGACGGCCAGUCUAUUAACAUGGCGGCGACCGCCAGAGAAGCAAACAUGCUGCGUAAUAUUGCGUCUGUGUUCGCAAUUGGAGUUGGUAGUAAUGUUAAUACUGCCGAGCUGAAGGCCAUGGCUACCGACCCGGAUAGCAAAUAUGUGUUUACUGUGAUAGACUUCAGUGCGCUGUCAAAUAUAGAGACAAAGUUAGCUACGGAUGCUUGUGCACGUGAUUAG